AAGAGUUUAAUUAGUUUUUUUACUCUUUCGUGUAGUUUUUUGUUUUAUGUCAUCUGGUAUUUCCACCGCGGAUGCUAACGGAACAUGAAGCAACUCGUACUGGAACAGGUAACAGAUUUUUGCGAUUUUACCCGAGGUAAAGAUUUUGCUGACUUUUUGAAAGAAUUCAGUUUGAGUAGCUGCUAUAAUGGUAACACCAAGAGCUGUUUGUCCGAUGUGCGGAUUAGCCCAGACGGACACCACAUCCAUGUCAUUUUCCAUAAACCUAAGAUCGGUCUCCUGACAUUCGACAAAUACGAAAGACCAGCGCUGAUUCAAACGCAGAAGCACCAGGAUUUGUGUUUGACGAGGACGGUGCCUAUUGUCGAUAUCAUCUACUUGGCACACGGCAGAAACGCGGACCGUGGUGCAGCCGUACUCGUGGUGAUCUUUGAGAAUGGUAAGGCAGAGUUCUGGAGGUACUGGGAGCGCAAAGCCGGCUGGCAUUUGCUGCACACCUCUGACCUGUGCAACAGCUUCAGGGCGAGGGUGGUCUCCGUCUGUUCCAGCGGCAACUUCAUCGUCUGGUGCGAAGAGCGACCGCCCUCGGAAAACUCCCCGGCCCCUGGCGCGACGCGCAGCAACUUCAGGUACUGCAUCUGCAAGAGGACGUACGAGGUGGAUGAGGCAAACGUGCGUCUGGGGGGCGUGAUGAUCGCGCUGCACAACAGCCCCCGCUACACGGUGACCGCCUCCGGGGACAACGUGUACCUGCUGCCGGACCCAAAGGCGAACUCCCUGAGGAGCAUCUCCAAAUUUUUCUUCAAAUGGACCCCGCAGCGCGACACUGUGACUAUCUGCAGUGCCUGCAAGGGGGCGCUGCUGAAAAAGAGCCCUGCCGCUAUCGCAGGCAAGGAGUCUGAUUUCAAUAAGCUGGUGUCGGACUGUGUUGGCACGCUGGCCGCCCUCGACCCCCCGGAGAUCUGGGCCUGCUGUCCUACAGGGAGCGGAGGUCUUGUGCUCCUUCUCAGCUCAGGGUGGGUCAGCUUUCUACAAAGCGAUGGUGUUCUGAGGCGGGUCUACAAGCUCGCGGACAACUGUCUGACUGCCGCUGCUGGAGGCCACAGCAGCAUGAACCUCUACCAGGAGGUCCUGGCACUGACAGUCGGCCGGACCCUCUUUGUGAUAGAUGCUCAGUGCGGUUUGGAGCUGGGCAAGGUGGCCCUGAGGAGAGAGGGGAUCCUGUUCGUCAACUCCAGGAAGAGGAAUGUCCCCCACUUCCUGUCUGAGGCUGGGCUCUUCCUGGUCAAGCGCAGGGAACUGGACCCCAGCCACAAGCUGCCAGGGCACCCAGAGAGUGUGACUCCGGACUCUGUCCUGGCGGAGGCUGUCUUCGAGGAGGCCUGCAGGCACUACCAGCGGAGGAGCCUUAGCGGCGCCCAGCUGACGGUGGAGAAGCUGAAGAGUGGGAGGAUGUUCCAGGCCCCCAUCUCACUGGCAUCCAUCCUCAGCGAAUACCUGAGGGGCCACAGGGCGGCGGACCUGCUGCAGGGGGGCGGCGGCAGCGCCCACCCCAAGCUGCUGAGCUCGCUGGAGCCUGAACUGAAGGCCAUGGUCGCCCUAGAGGAGGUCAAGGCGGCGGCGGUCAGGUCCUCGGAAAAGGAGCUGUUGAUUCUAUGUGAAAAGCUGGUCCUGGAUGAAGUGGGCAGGGUGCUGAGCUCGGAACCAGAUGUGGACAGCAUCCUCUACCUGAACACUGUCUUCGGCACCUUCCCCACAGAGUCGUGGCAGGCCCUGCAGGUGGUCCUGGGGCUGGGGGUGGAUGGGGAGGGCUUCCUCCACAGCCAGGCCCCCGCCGAGGUUUGGAAGGCGGUUCUGGCCCCCGUCCAGCCCGCGGCAGCGGGCUGUGACCCCCAGCGGUGCCCGCCCGCCAAUACGGCGGUGCCCGCGUUCGAGCUCCUCUGCCAGUCGCUCUUCCGCUUCCAGUCCGGGUGGCUGCCCAGGUUCCUGGAGAUGGCGCAGCAGCACCAGGCCAGUGCCUCCUCCUGCUCCUCCUCCUCCUGCGCCUCCCCUUCCCCCUGGAGCUAUGGGGUGCAGGAGAGUGAGGAGAGCCUCCCCCUGUACAAGCGGGCCCUGUCGGUGCUGCCCGCAAACGGCGAGCACCGGGACCUGGAGGUGGAGCUGCUGCUGAGCAGCCAGAGGCCCCGCGGUGUCAUGCAGGCCCUGCGCAUCCUCAUUGGCCAGCAGCAGUGGGGGCGGGUCACCCAGGUGGCGGAGAGGUUUUGCCGGCGGGGCCCCGUGUUCAACAGGGAGAUCUUCACCGCCCUGCUGUGUGAGGUCGCCCAGCACCGGCACCUGGACCCCUACCUGGACGUCCUGUGGAGCCUCUGUCCCGAGGACCUGACAGUGAACAGCAUCCUGAACAUUGUGCUGAAAAGCCUACCGCCCACUCCUCCUGAGCAGAGCCCCGGUCCCUUCCCUGACCGCAGCAGCCAGCUCACCGUCGGACUCCUGAAGCCCCUGCUGAGCAAAGUGCUCCAGAGGGAGACCAAACCCAGCCACCGCUAUGCCGAAAUUCUCACAUGUCCCCCUUUCUCCAUCCCCGCGCCCCCCAGCCAGGUUGAGGGGCUGCCCAGGCCUGGAACCGAACAGGGACUGGGUAAUCACCAGGACUCCAAGCAGAAGGCCUUACUAGGAAACAGAAAGCCAAUAACAUCCUUCUGUCUCUGAGCUGCACUUCCCAACAUCACUGAUUGACCUCUGACCCUUGACCUGGUAUAUUCCCAGUAGGGACAGUGGAGUAUUCCUCAUUUAAGUAUCUGAUGCACACACAUUUUGCAGAGAGAAUGUGUUAAACUGAGCGGAAAAUUUUACAACCAAAUCUUUCAGUGAUUCUCUAAAAGGCUACCGCUGUGAGUGUUGGAACACACUCAGUUUUGUCUAUUUUUUAACCAGGAAGAUGCAUUAUUUCUGAUCUAGGUGCUGCCAUUGAAAGCUCUUGUGUAAUGGCUGGGAGAGUGAUUUUCAGUGCAAUGUGUUGCAAGCACAAAAAAAACCAGAUGGAGAGAGAAAAUUUAACUGAAACUAGACUGACAUAUGCUUUUGCAAUGAGCAGGCAUAGUUACAUAAAGAUUU